ACAGCUGUUUUUACAAAUCUUGGUAAGAGUGGAACAAAGGGUCCAAACUCAGUUGGCAGUCACUACACGGGUCAGGAUCAUGACGGACAAGUUACAGUGUCCGGCGGUAUUCAACUGUGGACUGUGCCGCACACUGGUGAAUACAGAAUAGAAACAAUAGGAGCCUCAGGGGGGUACAGUGAGGACAGUGUCAUCAAUGGAGGGAGAGGGGCGCGGAUGAUUGGAAACUUUAUGUUGACCAAAGAUGAGAUCAUUCGUAUACUUGUUGGCCAAAGAGGGGAAAAAGAGUAUCAUAACAAAAAAACUGGCUCAGGCGGAGGAGGUACAUUUGUAGUAAGAGGAGACAACAAGCCUUUGAUCAUAGCCGGAGGUGGAGGAGGAGUUGCUAAAAUGACAGAACAACAUCCAGGAUGUGAUGCGUCCAUAAACACAACAGGAAAUGCAGGGUAUAACUCGCCAUUCCUGUCAGGAGGAAGUAACGGAAAUGGAGGACAAACUGAUAAACCGCACUCUGGUAGGUGAAGAAUUUCCUAUUUAUAAAUAUUAAAUUAUAUUUUUUGUAUUCUACUGCCAUCCAUCAUUAUUUCGAACAAAGAGGUGGUACUGGUCGCUCAAAUUUGGAUUUUUUCCAGAAUUACUAAAAGCCAUGAUCUGUUAAGUUUCUAAGGUCAAUUGUAAAUCUCUUGAUUGUAGGUGGUGGUGGUGGCGGCGUUUACAGCAAUGGAGAAGACUCAGAGAUUUCUGGUGGAGGGGGAAAGGGAGGUAAAGGAUUUCUAACCGGGGGAGAGGGGGGAGCACAUAUGGGUGGGUUCGGAGGUGGGGGUGGUUAUCGUUCAUUUCAUGAGUUACCUGGGGGAGGUGGAGGGUAUUCUGGGGGAAGUGGAGGUGCGAAUAAAAAUAUUUCCUGUGGGGGAGGGGGAGGUUCUUUCAACAACGGAACAAAUCAGCAAAAUGAAUGUUGUUAUAAUACUGCUGAACAUGGUAAAGUGAUCAUAACAUUUCUUCACUGA